AUGUCUACAGAGAACGCCCCAGAGUUCAAGCUCAUUUUGGUGGGAGAUGGAGGAGUCGGAAAGACCACAUUUGUCAAGAGACACUUGACGGGAGAAUUUGAAAAGAAGUACGUUGCCACCUUGGGUGUCGAAGUUCACCCUUUAAUGUUUCACACCAACCGUGGACCCAUCAAAUUCAAUGUUUGGGAUACUGCUGGACAAGAGAAAUUUGGAGGACUCCGUGAUGGAUACUACAUCCAAGGACAAUGUGCCAUUAUCAUGUUUGAUGUCACAUCUCGUAUCACAUACAAGAAUGUCCCCAACUGGCACCGUGAUUUGACUCGUGUCUGUGAGAAUAUCCCAAUUGUACUCACUGGAAACAAGGUUGAAAUCAAAGACAGAAAGGUCAAGGCCAAGCAAAUCACCUUCCACAGAAAGAAGAACCUUCAAUACUAUGAUAUCUCCGCUAAAUCAAACUACAACUUUGAAAAGCCCUUUCUUUGGUUGGCCAGAAAGCUUUCCGGUGACAAUGUCCUUCACUUUGUGGAAGCACCUGCUUUGCAACCACCAGAAUUCACAAUUGAUGAACAAACCAAGUCCCGCUACGAGGCCGAAAUCGCCCAAGCUGCGGCCCAACCACUUCCAGAGGACGACGACGACGAUCUCUAA